AUGGUCAAAGUCGGUAUCAAUGGUUUCGGUCGUAUUGGCCGUAUCGUCAUGCGCAAUGCCCUCGAAAACCAGGACAUCGAGGUUGUCGCCAUCAAUGAUCCCUUCAUUGAAUUGGACUACAUGGUUUACAUGUUCAAGUACGAUACUGUCCACGGCCGCUUUAAGGGCGACGUCCACACCGCUGAUGGAAAGCUCUACAUCAACAACAAGCCCAUUCAAGUUUUCGGUGAGCGGGAUCCCAGCAACAUCAAGUGGGGUUCGGUUGGCGCUGAUUACGUCGUCGAGUCCACUGGUGUCUUCACUACCAUUGACAAGGCCUCUGCUCAUCUGAAGGGUGGUGCAAAGAAGGUCAUCAUCUCCGCCCCUUCAGCUGAUGCACCAAUGUUUGUGUGCGGUGUUAACCUCGACACUUAUGACUCCAAGCACACCGUUAUCUCUAACGCCUCUUGCACGACUAACUGCCUUGCUCCCCUCGCCAAGGUGAUCGAUGACAACUUUGGCAUCGAGGAGGGUCUCAUGUCGACCAUCCACGCAACGACAGCUACUCAGAAGACUGUUGACGGUCCAUCCAACAAGGACUGGCGCGGUGGCCGUGCUGUUAACAACAACAUUAUCCCGUCCUCCACGGGUGCCGCCAAGGCAGUCGGCAAGGUCAUUCCUUCCCUAAACGGCAAGCUCACUGGUCUUGCUUUCCGUGUUCCCACUUUGGAUGUCUCCGUCGUCGACCUCGUCGUGCGCCUCAAGAAGCCUGCUACAUAUGAUGACAUCAAGAAUGCAGUGAAGGCCGCCGCCGCCGAUGGCCCUCUUAAAGGCAUCAUCGCCUACACCGAUGAACAGGUCGUCUCGACGGACUUCCUUGGUCAUUCUGCAUCGAGCAUCUUCGAUGCCAAUGCUGGUAUCAUGCUCAACCAGCAGUUCGUGAAGUUGAUCUCAUGGUACGACAACGAGUGGGGCUACUCGAAGCGUGUGUGUGACUUGCUUGUGUAUGCUGCCAAGCAGGAUGCGCGUAACUGA